CCCCCUCUCUCCGUUCGACCAGCGGCGGCUGCGGCGUGCCCGGCUCUCGCGACUGGCUCCUCUUAAGCUCCCUGUCCCUUUGCUGGCGUCACAAUGGUGAUCAAAGUCUUUGUGGCCACGUCCUCGGGGUCGACGGCGGAGCAACCUGAGUUGCUUCUGGAGUGAGAGAAUUGUCCGUCUGCAAGGACGUUGCCCAGGGGACGCCUGGAUGUUUUUGAUGUUUUACCAUCCUUGUGGGAGGCUUCUCUCAUGUCCCCGCAUGGAGCUGGAGCUGAUAGAGGGAGCUCAUCCGCGCUCUCCCCGGGUGGGAUUCGAACCUGGCAGCCUUCAGAUCAAGAAGAAACAGCAAGAGGUAGUAGGCUUCUUAGAGGCCAACAAGAUUGAUUUUAAAGAACUGGACAUAGCCUGUGAUGAAGACAACCGGAAAUGGAUGCGAGAAAAUGUUCCAGGUGAAAAGAAGCCACAAAAUGGAAUUCCGCUCCCUCCACAAAUAUUCAAUGAGGAACAGUACUGUGGGGAUUUUGAGUCAUUUUUCUCUGCAAAAGAAGAAAACAUUAUUUAUUCAUUCCUAGGCCUUGCUCCUCCACCAGGAUCAACGGAGGGGCGAAUUAUUGAGGAAGAACCAACUGUGCCAAAUGGUGAUGUUUCAGGAGAAGAGAACAAAACUGCAGAAGAAACUGAAAAGUCUGAGGCUACUGAAGCGAAUGAAGUACACACAGAAGACAAUGUGGAAGCAGAGGCAGAGUCUGCAGAAAGAGUGACAGAAGAACAAGAAGAAGGCAAAGAACAAGCAGUGACAGAAGAAGCAGAAGAAGCCCAGGAAGAAGAGGAAGAGGCAGAAGAGGAGGAGGAAGGAGGUGAGGAGGGUGAAGAAGAAGAGGCAGAAGACGAGGAAGAAGAGGAAUCUUAGUAUAUUUGUAUGAUUUUUUUCCUUCAAAAGGAUUGUUCAGAUCCAUAGGUGGAAAGCACACACGGAACAUGGAAAAAGCCUCCUUGAAGACUGAGUAAAUACAGUCGGGCAUCCCCUUUGCAACGUCUCUUUAAAUGGCUAACCUUUCCAAACCCAAAAGCAUUGCUUUUAAACAUUUUAAAUUGGAGGUGUUUUUUUUUUAACUGAAUGCAAAAAGAAGUGACAGAUUUGCUACUCAGCUCCUAACAGGAGCAGAGAAGCGACUGCUCUUGAUAUUUUAAGACGAUACUCACACCUCAUUUCGGCGAAUUAUGCCCAAAGAUCCAGUUGACCAAAUCCAGCUCUGGCACAAUGUUUAUAAAACCAUGCAGCACUUUAUCACUGUUAACGCAUUUCCAUGAUAUAGCACUUUAUGAAACCUGUCCCCGCUGGUUUGCUUUUAAUUACUCUGAUUUUAUCUGUUUGGAUUUUAAUGUAUUGUCCAUUAUAUUGUUUUGUGUAUCAUUGAAAGUUUUAGGUUUUGUCAAAUAUGUUGUGUCGUUGUUCGGGCUUGUCCCUGUUGUGAGCCGCCCCGAGUCCCUUCGGGGAGAUGGGGUGGAAUAUAAAAAUAAAGUUUAUUAUAAUUAUUAUUUCUUAAAACUUCCUCCUUGUCUUUGUGACCAUAUAAUAAAUAGAUGCAUAACUUUUCAACCUUAAAGAACUGUCAGGGAUUCCUCUUCUUCAGAAGAGGAGGGGGAGCAAGAAAGUGUUCAUGAAUCUGAGGGUGAGUUGGAGUCUGAGGAGGAGACUUUGCUAGUACCCUCAUUCCAGGAGAGGCAAAAGGAAACAGAGCAGAGAUGUUGUUCAGCUGGAUUAGCUACCAGAAAUUCAGCUGAGUAAUUAGAAACUGCCCUAACAGCUGUGUGGGGACCCAGGGCUAUAAGAGCCGAAGCAGGUGCAGCCAGCUCUUGUUGGUAACAAACUGACUCUAAUGCCUUCACUCUCUGUGUUCCUGCUCCAAGUCUGCAUCUGGAUUUAUGCCUGUUUCUUUGUUUGAAGUAAGACUUCCUGGCUUUCUUUUGCAUUAUUUCACUGAGUGUACUUUAUGUUUUGCUGAAAGAAAGCAGUUUCCAUUUACUUACCACAGUGUCUUAAGGCUGCUCUUGAAAGACAAAACAGGACAAGAACAAACACAUUAGAAUCAAGUCAGUUUUGGACCACUUCCUUCAUUAUUCAAAUUUUAAUGGGAUGUGACAGAGUGUGAUGACUCAUGGGCCAUGUAGUCCCGUUCCUAGUACUUUUGAGGCAGAUGAAGAGGAAAACUUGGGUUUCCCACCGUUUCUGCCAGAUUUGGAGCCCUUGCACCUGCAAGAUGUUUGCCCUCAAGAAGACAGCCAAACAAGCCUUGAGCAGAAAUCUCCCCCAUUUUCUCGCCGGGUUUAUUAUAAUCAAGAUAGAAGCGCUCGAGAGGCGACUCGCCGCAGCGCUAGGAUAGCUGCCAGACAAUUAGCUGAUUAAGUCUGCUUCCCUUGGGAAACUUUAAGGAGUCUUGCAUCUGGACACAGUUUAGGUUUCGUUUCUUGUUCCCCAGAGAAAGAGUUCCUUGGCGGGAAAACAAGAUCCUAUUUAGGUGUUUGGCCACAAAGGAAUCCUUGCGGAGUCAAUUCGUCAGCUUCGGGAGUAGAUUGUGUGUGGACUACGCUACUCCAGUUUCCAGGACCUUGUUCUCGUUCCAGCCCUGCCUUGUUCCCCGGACCUCGCCACGGAUUUCGCCACGGACCCUGUUCUUGUUCCUCGCUUCUUGUUGCCUUGAAUCAAGCCUUGUUUGCCAAGAAUCUAGUAUGCUCUCCAGCCUUGCAUCAAGCUCCAUGGACUAAAGGACCUUGUCAUUUCCCCUCACUUUGCUUGGCAAAGUGUGUGUUUCGGUUAUUGGAUUACAACUUUGGACUUUAAUAUCUCAUAUUGGACAUUGUUUUCCUGGACUAUAUUUGACCUUUCCUGAAAGGUCUACUUCUGAACUAUAUUCUACACUUAUUUUUAUUGACUUUAUAUAUUUCCUUAAUAAAGAUAUUAGAUAGA